CCCCCACCCUCCAUCGCGUGACCAGCUGGGAGCAGCGCCGCCACAGAGUCCCCCUCGGCGCCCCCCGCCCCGACACUGGGCCGGGCGUGGAAGUGGUAACUAUGGAGAAUAUGGCGGAGGAGGCGGCGCUGCCGCCUCCAGAAGCGAAGCACGAGCUGGAGCUGGAACUCGAGCCGGAGCCCGAGCCGGAGCCCGAGCCGGAGGAGGCGGCCCCGGGGGCUGCUGCGGAGAGCAAUGGACUAAUUAAUCCAGUGAAAUUAAGCAGCAACAGUCAUGAUAAAGAUGUUGUACCUGAAAUGGAAUUGGAGAUUGGUGAGACAGAAGCAGAACAGGAAGUCCUGAAAGAACCUUACAGGAUCCUGGCCUCAUCGGAUUUAUCAAGAGAAAAACACAUCUCAAUUCAAAGACAGCUGAUUGAUCUAGAGAAGUUAGCUUACCUGAGUGAAGGUGAAUGUGCCUCUGCCAUGUCCUCAUCCAACACAGACCAGCUUGAUGCAGCUGGUAAAAAACCUUGUCCAUUAUGCCCUGAGGAAAAAUUCAAAGCUUGUUAUAGCCAUAAACUUCAUCGUCACCUUCAGAAUUUACACUGGAAAGUUUCUGUUGAAUUUGAAGGUUACAGGAUGUGCAUCUGUCACUUACCUUGUCGACCAGUGAAACCAAACCUCAUUGGAGACCAGACAUCUAGUAAAAUGGGGGCCCAUUAUCACUGUAUCAUUUGUUCAGCAACCAUCACACGAAGAACUGAUAUGAUAGGACAUAUUAAACGCCAUGUGAACAAAGGAGAAACUGAAUCCAGGUAUAUUGCAGCCUCUGCUGCUAAACCACCCCGUGAAGUGUUGAAAGAAGCAGACACUGACAUACAAGUUCUUCCUAACUAUUCUACACCUCAGAAAACAGAUUCCUAUUUUAAUCCAAAAAUGAAAUUAAACAGGCAACUGAUAUUCUCUACACUGGCUGUGUUGGCUGAGGAACGAAAGCCUCUGGAGUGUUUGGAUGCUUUUGGGGCCACUGGCAUAAUGGGAUUACAAUGGGCAAAACACCUUGGGAAUGCAGUCAAGGUUACUAUUAAUGAUUUUAAUGAAAACUCUGUGACAAUGAUUCAGGAAAAUUGCCAUUUAAACAAAAUGAAAGUGAUGUUGGACAGUAAAGAAGAGGAUGAGUGUGAUGAAGCUCUGGAAGAAGGAGAGGAAAACGUUGGUGCUAUUGAAGUGACCAAAAUGGAUGCCAAUGUACUAAUGCACUUGAGAUCAUUUGACUUUAUACACUUGGACCCAUUUGGAACAUCAGUGAACUAUCUAGAUUCUGCCUUCAGAAAUGUAAGAAAUCUUGGGAUAGUGUCAGUAACUUCGACAGAUAUCAGUUCUUUAUAUGCAAAGGCUUUACAUGUGGCUCGGCGACACUAUGGCUGUAACAUUGUUCGAACUGAGUAUUACAAGGAACUGGCAGCCAGAAUUGUUGUGGCCGCCAUGGCAAGAGCCGCAACUCGUUGUAAUAAAGGUAUAGAAGUAUUGUUUGCAGUAGCCCUAGAACAUUUUGUCCUUGUGGUUGUGAGAGUUUUGAGGGGUCCUACCCCAGCUGAUGAAACAGCAAAGAAAAUUCGGUACUUGAUUCACUGCCAGUGGUGUGAAGAGAGGAUUUUUCAGAAGGAUGGUAAUAUGGUAGAAGAAAAUCCAUAUAGACAACUGCCAUGUGACUGCCAUGGAAGCAUGCCUGGAAAGACAGCAAUAGAACUUGGUCCUUUAUGGUCAGGUUCCCUCUUUAAUACUGGAUUCCUCCGAAGAAUGCUGUUUGAAGCGGUUCAGCAUGGUUUAGACGACAUUCAGCCCUUAAUAAAGACUUUAAUCUGUGAGGCAGAGUGCACCACCCUAAAACAGUUUUCAAUUCAUGCACCUACAAGUCUCAAUAAGCAAGAGGAAUGUGGUGUAGUUAUUAAAACUCCAGAUACUGGAACAGAUUAUUAUGUUGUACAUGGAAAGAGGAAAAGUAAUGAAAUAUGCAGAAAUGCUACAAAGAAACAAAAGGCUGAAGCCAAUGCUGAACAUCCUUCCUUCUACUACAACAUCCAUAGACACAGUAUCAAGGGAAUGAAUAUGCCAAAGUUAAAUAAGUUUCUGCAGUAUCUCUCCCAAGCAGGCUUCCGGGUGAGCCGCACCCAUUUUGAUCCCAUGGGAGUCCGUACAGAUGCACCACUGAGCCAAUUCAAAGCUAUCCUUAUGAAGUACAGCACGCCCACCUAUGCUGGAGGACAGUCAGAGGGCCACGUACAGUCAACAGCUGAUACAAGAACAGACUGCAUUCCUAUGUCAGUGGAUGGCAGAGCUGACGAGCUAAUGGGGAAUGAUAAAUCCAGUGACGAGAGCUUGUUCCCAGAUGUCCUGACAGAGGACUGAAGAGCUCCUGUUCUGUGAUUUAAUUCUCAUGAUGUAACAAAUAUAAAACAGUCAUAUUUUUAUAUAGAAACCUCAGCAAUUUCUGAUUGGUUUCUAUGUUGGUUUGGAGAGCUAUGCUUUGAAACGUUCUUAUUCUAAAGGAGGCAGUUUCAGAAUUUUACAGAUGUUUCAUGUGAUGCAGAUUUUGUGGUUGAUGUCACCCCUCUGGUUAAAUAACUUGGACGAGUUUCACAGCUGACUGUUGUGUACAUUUCUCACAGCAGUUUUGAAAUACUUUCAAUUGCACAUUACCACUUGAGCCUAUUCACCAUGUUUAUGGUAAAUAAACUUUUUAUAGGGCAGGUAGAGGGAGCCAGAAGCUUCUAAGCAUUACCAUGACCUUGAGCUUACAAGUGUUUCUUCUGAAUCUACAUUGUAUCUCACAAUUAAAUAGCUAAAAGUAUUGGCGUUGCUCAGGCAGUCCCACCAACCAACUGAUCGGUCAGAUGUCUGUCUGUGUGCCAAAGGUAGAAAAGACAAACAUUUUACAAGUGAAAGGGAGAGGGACUGGUGUGCAGCAAAUUUUUCUUAUGCAUUUGAGGCUUUUAUCAUUAUUAUUAUUAUUAUUAUUAUCAUAAUGUAAUCCAUCAGACACCAGACUUCUUAGACAUGUAAGAGAUCAACAGGUGAAUGAUCUCAUAGCCUCACACAUUGCAUAAACACAUUAAUCUGGUUGUGAUCUGCCUUUUAAAAGUAAAAUAUGUAGUCUUAUGAAGUGAUUUUUCAUUUUCAGUGUUAAGCAUUAUAUAAAAAGCAUUGUAAAAAGACUAAAAAUAGGUUUAAAAAUUUGAAGGGUUUUUUUUUAAUUUUUCUAUUCCCUCUAUCAUUUGAAGAGUAUUUUGGGCAAAAAGGGUUGGAAUAUGCUUUUCUGGUCUUAUUUUAUCCUUUUAAAUGGUUGGGUCACUUCUGAAAGAAUAUUAGUAAAAUCAGCAUUUUACUCAUGACAGAGCUUUUUAGAACCGUUAACUUUAAGACUUAAGUAAUGUCACAGGUUGUUCCAAAACUGUAAGCCUCUCCCCUCUUUCUCAAAGGUUAUUGAGAUAUUUUCCCAUCAGCAUUUUUUUAAACCCCCAAUAUUACAGCUUGCUUUAAAAGAAGUGAGACAAAGGGGUGAGGGGGCCAGAGAUAGGGAUAAGAAAGGGGCCAGACUUGUGAUUUCACUGGUGGAGGAAACUUUUGGUGGGAAAACUCCCUCUAUGCAGAUGUACAUCUGCACUUUUUAGAGAAUUGCCUUUGGCACUGAGGCAUUAAAUGACUUGUGUGGGGUUACAUAGCCAGAAUGUGUCAGUGGCCAAACUUGAACCCUGUGCUCCAUCUACUAUGUCGCUCUCUCAUAAAAUCAGCUAAAUAGGUUUUACAUAUAUAUACAUUCAGUGAAUUUCAGAGAAAAUCCAGUGGUAGCUUUUGACAUUUCAAAAAAGACUAUCUAGGUACUUGGACUUGACAUAUUUUCUUUCAAUGCAUUGUUCUUUUCCAAGUUUUCAAAAUUGUCAUAUUUAAUGAACAAUCAUUUCACUAUGCAAAAAGUAUUCCCAUGUUCAUUCUCAUUUUGCAAGCCUAGGUUUUCUGAAGUGUUAGCUUCAGUUUAUAUUGACAGUGUGGUGGUCUUCAAAUAUAUAUUAUAAGUGAAAUAAAUGGUUACAGAAUA